GCUAUAUACUGGACACACGAGGAACCUUAUGUGCUCUGUCUGGGAUAUGGUAUCCCAGAGCAGUUGUAAGCUUGAACACUGUUACAUUUAAAACACCUUAUAGAUAGAAUAUUACUUUUAUGUCUUUCUUUUAUUUUUCAGAAAACUCUCUUGGAUUGGGAAAAAAUGAGCCUUAAAAUUUUUCAUGCUUUCCUAAGCAGAUUGCUCUUUUUUAGCCAUGGAUUGGUAGCUGUUUGGCAUGUUGUCACAAGAAUGCAAAACCCCAUGUACUGGGGAUUGAUGACCGGAGUUAUUACCUUGGGAAUUGAAGGGUUCAUAACUGUAAGGAGCACAGAGAAGGGAGAGUGGAAAUGGUUUUCUCCAAUGAUCUUCUUAUACUUAUGCACCAUUAUAUCCUGCAUAUGGAUUUUGGAACUUGGCCUGUUGACUGAAGAACCACAUAUCUGCAACAGUUCUAAAAGUCAUGUAGAACAUCAUGGUCUGUUUCCUUUGCAGAAACUUAAAAGCUUGAAUGAGGAGACCUGGGUGGCAGGCAUUGAACAGUCUAUGAUGUUGGUGCUUGUUAUUGGUCGCUGGCUGAUGCCUUCAGCUGGGAUGACCAGUGAGCAGCUGUAUCAGCUUCUCUUGAUGGACAGUGGCCUGGGAGCUGACAUGCUGGACCUGAUUGAUGCUUUUAAGGAGUCGGGAGUUGAGAUAAGCCGAAAUGUACGCAUCAUUGGCCUGAGUGUUUUCAGUUGGUCCCUGAUGCAGUUUCCCUUGGCCCUUACCCAAGCCAAUUAUCCUCAAGACAGUAAUUCAAAUGAAGACGCUUCUGUACAUGUAACUGAUAAACAAAGUGUGGUAAGCAGAACCAGAAAAUUCUUCAAAUCGUGCAUGUCUGGUGAGAUGUGGAGCUUGUUCAUCAUCAUAGGGAUGCAAGAUGGACCCUCUCUAGUUUUCCGAAUGUACCUGUUAAUUCAGGAAAAGGUCAGGAGUCAGAUGAUGAUCUUCUUUAUUGGAAAACACUUCAUCUCAAUUGUAUUUGAGGUUUAUAGAAUUUUUACUGUCAUUCACGUGAUAAAUGAACAAGAGGACUCACAGCUGACAAGUAAGAAUUCUGAAUGUUAUUAUUUUUUUUAUUUUUUUGUAAAAAUGCAUUUCAUUUUCUUUUGGUAAAAUCUUUUUUUCUUUUCUUUCUAAAUAUCUUGUUACUCUUUAUAGUUGAUGAUGGACAGAUGAAAUUGAAAUGCAUCAAUAAAACCCUUU